CCAUAUUUCCGGUUAAGCAAACAUGGAGGUGUAGUCCGUUUCUGCUCAGGAACGGGAUUCAGUGAAGUUUUAUUAUUAUUUACCAGACUUGAAUUUUUUUUUUUUUUGUGGGGAGCGGGGAGAUUUAAUACCCGUUUUUGCAUUUAUCCCUUGAGAUGUACCGAGUAUUUCGGGCACGCUGGCAAUCUUUGGUUCACAAAUCUUUGAAGAAUCUGCAGAAAGAUUCUGAGAAAGUCUAUGAAAAAUGUGACGAACCACAGCAGACUAAUACACAGUUCUGUGAUAUCAAAUCAGUUGAUCUUCAUCUACAAGACUGUAACCCCAAGGAGAAAUGGAAGAAUUACAAUGGAAACUUUUGGUCUUAUCACACAAAUCCAUCGAAAGCACUUGGCAUUAUUGGUUGCGGUACCAUUGUAAUCCUUGGUCUACAUAUCAAUCAACAGUACCUCAAGUACCAUGAUACCUUCAGCAAACAAUCUUUGCUAAAGUAUCUAACCUUUGUCUUCCCCUUUAACCAAGCAGCAAUCUUUGAUUCCACCCAGAAGAGAUCAGUGGUAAAUACCGCAGAGGAAGAUGAUGUUGAUUUGAAGAACAAGCAAGACUUAGAAAAUGCUACCCAAGAAAUAAAGGAAUUGACUGAGAACAUGUUGAUUGGUGUGGACAAGUACAUGAAUGGAGUGAAAGCUGCCAAUACGGGAGAUUAUUCUAAAGCUGUUGAUUACUGGAAGCAGUCUGCAGAACUUGGACACUCAAAGUCAAGUUUCAACUUGGGUUUGUGUUACGAUCAAGGAACUGGUGUUGAGAGAAAUAUCAAAAAGGCUGUGAAAUAUUAUACAAAUGCUGCUGAUCAGGACCAUUGCGGGGCACUAUUUAACCUGGCUCUACUAUACUUGCAUGGAGAAGUUGCUAACAAAAGUCAGGGAAAGUCUGAAGCUAUUAAGCUAUUACUCAAAGCUGCUGACCUUGGAUAUCCAUUGGCAAAGACGUAUCUUGGAGUUCAUUAUAUUGAAGAAAGCAGUGAUUUCUCUCAAGCUGUGCAAUUGUUUACAGAAGCUGCCAAACAGAAGGAACCUGAUGCCAAAUAUUACCUUGGACUAUGUUAUCUAAAAGGCCUGGGUAUAGAACAAUGCCCAAACAAAGCAUCCAAUCUGUUCGCUGAGGCUGCUAAACUGGGUCAUGUGCAGGCUAAAGCUAUGAUCAGUGAUGAGUCUAUGUCAGAAGACAGUGAAUCAGAAUAUUCAGAAUAUUCAGAUGAUGAUGAUAGCAUAGAAAUCCUGACAAGUAGCUCAAUCAAUUCCACUUCUUCUGAAACUGAAAACCCUUUCUUCUCAGAAUUAUGGAAUCGGUCUCUAUUCAUAGCAAACCAGUCAAUGUCAUUGUCUGAAACAGAAUUACCAUCGGCAUCAUCAUCGGCAUCAUCAUCAUCAUCAUCGUCAUUCCUGAAGAACACUGCAAAAACUGAAGAGUCUCCACUGAAGAAUAACAACGAUGAGUCUCUUGAAGAGAAAUUUGAUUCCUAUCUGCGCCACGCUCCACAUUGUUGUAACAGCGUCUCCAUUUACAAACCCAACGCUGCUUCUUUUUCAGAUUUUGUUUUGUGUUCUUAACCAGACUCGGUUAAAUUUUGAUUUUUGUCUUUUUUAUGUGCUUUUAUACUAAUAUAUAUAUGUGGAUAUAUGGAUAUAUAUAUAUAUAUAUACACACAUGUGAAUAAAUGAAAGAAAGUGGCACUCAUAAGAUAUUAAAAGAAGAGUAACAGAUUCUAGAUGUUGAGCCCCUGUUUGUCAGCUCAGGUCACAUGGUUUGCUUGUAGAGUAUCAGCAUGGCAUGGUCGGAACUGACCAACAGACGUCUAACAUCUAGAAUCCGUUACUCUUAGUUUCUAAUGUCUGAUGAGAUGGGUUUCAUUCUACACACCCAUUAGAUUUUAAAUCAUAUGGCGCUAAGUCAAAUUGAUAUAUAUAUAUAUAUAUACACCAUAGUAUUGAACUGGGAGAAUAAGAACUCAACACUGCAAUUGGUGGAUAAAUAUUCUUUGUUUGUAGAUUAACAAUGCUACCAAUGGUUUUAUGUGGAAAGAAUUUUCAAGUGAUCUGUUUAAAAAGUAGGUAUGUUUCCAACCUAUCCUCUGAUGUAGCAACUUCCAUAAAGGCAGCCCCGUGUUACAUUAGAAAGAUACAAUUUUAAGAACAUUAUAACUUAAAUCAGACCAAAUGUAGGUUAACCAAAAAAAUAUAGACAUAAGAAAAUACUAUGGUUUAACCCUCCAUACAGUAUGAGUAUGAAUACAAAUAUAGGUAGAUGAUUUCUGAAGAAAAGUUAAUUAAGCUAACAAAGUUUAUAUAGAGAGAGGGGGAAGGAAGCAAAUCAAUAACAAAGGACAAGAAAACAACAAAAGUGCAUUUAUAAUUAAUAUCGUUAGACUGACGAAAGGAAAAAUAAUAAUAUAAAAAGUAUAAUGUCUGAGAUAUAGUCUUUUGUCAGACACAAAGAGGAAAAUGUGGAAAUAAUGGAAAAAAAAUAAGAGUCAGGAAAAAAAACACACAGGUAAUUCACGUGUUUGAUAUGUAUAUAUACAUACACACACACUGGCUUGUGCA